AUGGGCAACGUCAUAGGAGAUGAUGUAUCUGACUUGGAAGACGAGCAGAGUGUUCAAGGCGGCACCAGCAACAUCCCACCCCGUUCAUCGAAAAAGGGGAAAGUCGCCUACAACAUUUACUAUGGCAGAACGACAGUUAGGAGUUCGGCAGCAUCACAAGUCAAGUCUUUCCCUGGGAGUGUCUACGAAGGCUUCUCGAAUAUCCCAGCGGCCAUUGCUGCAUGGGAAUAUGCUGUGUCCAAUAAAACAGUAGGGCCACAUGCUGGGCCGCCCAACACCCCAAGGAGGCAAGUACACCACAACACGAUGGCGAACACCACUACUGUGGUAGUACCGUCCACGCCGUCUCGUCAGGUAACGAGAACUACUCCGUCUACCCCGACUCCCCUCCCUACCAAUCUUACCACCCCUACCUCGCCGAUAGCAUCAGCUUCUUCCUCAAACAUCUCAUCGGAUCCACCAUCCUCUCGCGGCUCAGAGGCUCAUCUGGCUGCUAUUGUAGCUGUGAUGGAUAACUUGUGCAUCACAGCCUACUAUGUCGUUGUCCGCGGGAAGGUGCCUGGUGUCUAUUCUACCACGUUCGUUGUCUACACUUCCUCUUUCAGCCCUCUGACAUCUGAAAUUAGUGCGUCUGCACUUGCUGCUCUUGGUACCGACCCCCGCGGUCUUUGUUGCUUGGUUGCAAAGAAAGCCGAUGCUGAUGCAAUGUUUGUUGCACAGUCGAUGACUGGUAAUAUUGAGCGCUUGGAGUAG